GGCCGCGCAUGCCCCGAGCGCGCGCCCCGCUGAGGGGGAGGUCUCGUCCCUUGAGGACCUCCGUCCCCGCCCCUGACCUGGGGUCUGCGUUCACACGAUGCGCCCGUCCAGAGACAAGGCUAAUGGCGUUCUUCCACACGUUUCUUGCGAACUAGAGAGAGAGAAAGGAAGAAGAACAAGCAAAAUUCUGCCAUGUUUCUAAUCAGCAGCUAAUAUAUCAGGAGGAGGAUAAUCAGCUCUGAAAGUUAAACAAGAGCAUCUAGUUGAAGUUCACUGGUGUUUCUCAGCUGGCGAUAUCCCUGUCACAGAUAAGAUUCUGAAGCAGUCAGGUGGUAAAAACACAAGCUAAGGCCUUGGUCUUGCUAUCAGUUUGACAAGCUACUCGACAUUCAUCUGCCAGAGUUAUGGCACUCCCUUUCCGGAAAGACUUGGACAAAUACAAGGAACUUGAUGAAGAUGAAAUCUUGGGCAAGUUGACUGAAGAAGAACUGAAGCAACUGGAAACCGUCCUGGAUGACCUUGAUCCAGAGAACGCACUGUUGCCAGCAGGUUUCCGGCAAAAGGACCAGACUUUGAAAAAACCCUGUGGGCCUUUUGACCGAGAGAAGCUUCUUGCAUUUUUGGAGAAACAAGCACUGGAUCAUAAAGAUGUUGAGGAUGUUGUGCCUUACACGGGAGAAAAGAAAGGAAAAGUUUUUAUCCCCAAACAGAAACCAGUACAAUCUUACAUAGAAGAAAAAGUGAUGCUUGACCCAGAACUGGAGGAGGCAUUGACAAGUGCUACAGACACAGAACUGUGUGACCUUGCAGCUAUCCUAGGAAUGCACAACUUGAUAAGCAGCUCUCAUGAUAUCGUGGGAAGCAGCAAUGGCGUCGGCAGUGAAGGUUUCACAAAUAUAAUCAAAGGUGAAAAGAUAAUCCCGGUCUUUGAUGAGCCACCAAACCCCACCAAUGUGGAAGAGAGUUUGCAGAGGGUUAAAGAUAAUGAUCCUCGCCUUACUGAAGUCAACCUGAACAAUAUAAAGAACAUCCCCAUUCCAACUCUAAAAGAAUUUGCCAAAGCCCUGGAAAUGAACACCUACGUGAAGAGCUUCAGCCUUGCAGCCACUCGGAGCAAUGACCCCGUUGCUGUUGCUUUUGCGGACAUGCUGCGAGUGAACCAAACACUGAAUUGUCUCAAUGUUGAAUCCAACUUCAUUACCGGGAUAGGCAUCUUGGCCUUAAUCGAUGCACUGAAAGAGAAUGAAACCCUGACAGAGAUCAAAAUUGAUAACCAGAGGCAGCAGCUGGGGACACCUGUAGAAAUGGAGAUUGCCAAGGUGCUUGAGGAAAACACCAAGAUCCUUAAGUUUGGGUAUCAUUUCAUGCAGCAAGGACCCCGCACCAGGGCAGCAGCCGCGAUCACAAAGAACAACGAUUUAGUUCGCAAGCGAAGAGUGGAAGGAGACCACCAAUAAACCCUCUGGCCAUCUGAAGUGCAAAAGAGCAGAGAUUCUGGAGCCCCUUGAAGGACAUCCACUUCACCUGGGCUUCAGCAACUCCAAGAUUUCUUCUUACUUGCAUAGAAGGGAAAAGACUGGAAUUGGCCUUCCUCUUUUUUGUUCAUACGGAUGAGUGUGUGUAUAUAUAUAUAUAUAUCUUCCUCUAUAUAUAUAUUUGAUAAAGUUAUAUUACUAGUCCUGGUAUCCAAUACAUGAUUUGAAAACUUGCUAGCCCCAUCUGUCCUGAGAUUGAUUCCCUUAAUUCCUUUUUGCUUCAGGAGUUGGGAGCAAUGGCUUCUGGAUGGAUUAAUGCCAAUUCUAACCUUGGUGGCAUAGUAGCUGCAGAGUAAACAGCUGCUGUUAAGGGGGCAAACUGUUUCAGCUGCCAGGGAGUAAAUUAUCCAGUAGGAAAUAGGAAAUUCUAAUAUAAGCACUGAGGCAUCAAAACAAUGUUUUAAAUGUGUGUGUAUUGGGUGGGGGGAAUUCUUAAAAAAACAAAGGAAAAUGAUUACUUCAUCCACCACAUAUGUUGCAGCAAUGGUACAUUGUUGCUUCGGCUAAUGCUUCUUUUGUUCCCCCAUUCUUGACCAUUCAAAAUGCUUUCCUGAAGAUGACGAUUUUUGCUCUAAGAAGAUUAUUCCAUUUUAAGGGCUGCUGCUGCUGCUUCUUGUUUUCCUUCUUCAUGGUGAGCUAAGCUGGCAAAAAUGGUGCUGGGUGCCUUAAACCCUAAUACCUUGGCAGCUGGCUGGUUUAUUUUUCUAUUAAUUUGCAGAUCCAUGAUAUGUCCGCACUUUGCUUUGUUAUGUCCAGACUGGAUGUAUUUAUAGAGACAUUUUCUUAUUUCAUCAGCAUCGUGUUGGGUUCUGCUACUUGGUAUUUAAAUGCGUGUGUGUAGGUGUGUGUGUGUGUGUGUGUGUGAGAGAGAGAGAGAGAGAGAAUAUAUAUGUAUAUAUAAGUGGCAGCAUAUCAAACCAUAGCUGCUGAGCUGUAACACAGCGUACUGGUCCACUAGUGCUUAAUAAGCCCUGUUUAGGUGGGUUGAAAAUACCCUGUGACUUACGGUUAAAUUCCCUAGAAAUUUCACACAUUCUGUCCAGCCACAAUCUGAGAUGCUGUCGCAGCUCACCUUGAUGCCUGUCCCCUGCUAGGCUGCUGGGUCAGAGAAAUUUAUCAUUUCUGAAUUUCCUAGAAUGUCCUGGCACACCUAGCUGAGCAUUAGUCCAAGGCUCUGUUGGGAAUUCAGAUUUUAAUCUCCCAGAAUACCCAAGUGCAUUGCAUUGGUCAUGUGGUGGCAUCCUAGGACAUUCUCAGUGGUAACUCCUCAGCCAGCUAUUCCUGCUUCAAGGUAGGCCGGAGAUGAAGCACAUUGAUGGCUGUUGGGAGGGGACCUACCAUGUACCACACUGGCAAAGCCCUCUUGGAGCCAACCCAGAUUUUGUAUGACCCAUAAUAUAUGUUGUCUUAGACAGUGUGUCUCAACCUUGGCGACUUUAAGACCUGUGGACUUCAACUCCCAGCUCCCAACUUGCUGGCUGUGGAAUUCUGAGAGUUGAAGUCCACAGGUCUUAAAGUCACCAAGGUUAAGAAACACUGUCUUAAGCAAUUGUGUUGCACCUCCUAAUUUGUAAGGGGAAUCCUUCAUUUUCAAAUAAUUACAUGGCACACACUGGACUCAUUUGCACAAAAAGAUGAAUCCAGAAUAUUGAUUUAAGGUUUACUCAAGAGCAAGUGUAGUAGGAAAUGCUGCCCAGUUAUUUUUGCUUGCUAACCAGCAAAUGCUUACCAUUAUGUCCAAACCAAGUUUCUGGUUUGGUAGGGAAGCUAUAAAUUAGAAUUCCCAGUUUGGAUAUGGCGUGAUGCUUUUUCCCCUUAUUGUGUUUCUGGUUCCUGCUGCUGUUCCCACUUGUCAAGAAGAAAGACCCUGGAGGCCUGUACAUUUCUUGGGCUUGAUAAACUGGGAUGGUCCACAAUUCCAACUUGUUCUUUUGGGGGCACCUGAUUCACUUAAAAUGAUAAAAAUGUUUUUUUUUUUAGUCCUUACAGCAGCUGGAACUAAUGGAAUGCCUUCAAAUGUUAUGAACUGAGCUUAGCUGUCACUGUGAAAUGUUGUCCUGUGUUAGCACUACCACUAUAAAUCCUGCCACUGAUUUACAGCUUGACAAUUUCACACUGUGUGGCAACUAUAUAGCCCAUCAGGCUGGCCUUGGGCAAGUUAGGAGGAAGGCAAGGAAAUAUUAGCAGUAACAUAAAAUAGGGGCAAUUGUACCCAUUUUGUAUAUAGAAUAGGAUUUGCAGAGGAAACACCAUCUUUAUUUAAUCUCAGAGCUCUGUUUCCAAAAUCAUUUUGAUGAAAUAUAUUUUGCUUUUUUAUAUAUAUAUAUAUAUAGUUGGGUGUGUCCAUCACUGGAUGCAACUUUCUGGUUUUUUUAGAGAAACAGUUGCAGUCUUGUACGUGUGUGCAAGUCUCCUUAAUGGCAUUAUGUGUACUUGGGCAGAUUUACUUUCUGAGUGUCACUACGACUGGUGGUGCUACACUAACAUAGCCAAACAUGAGAGAUGCUUGUACUGUACACUAGUAUAUGCUCUUGGUAUUAGUGUGCAAUUUCUGAAAUCAGAGAAGAGAGCCUUUACUUUGCCUUGCUGUUGUAUAUCUUCUGUUGCUUGCUCUGUAGUUCAAACUGGAGUUAGCAUGUCACAGCUGGAUCCAAGGAACAUUCUCCCUGGAGACGGACUUGUUCUUAACUUCCUCAUGCCUAAUAUGAUUUGAAUUGUUCUCCUGUCAUCUAGGUUUAUUGGUAUGGUGGUUGGUGGAGAUUGUUAAGUUGCAAGAGGGAUCAACAGUUGGCUGGUGUACCAGCCUCUGCAACCAGAUGCUCUCUGGAUGUCCACACCUACGACUCACAUCAUGCUCAAAGGCUGUGUUGGCAGAGGGCGAUAGGAACUGUAGUUCAACCAACCCAGAGGGUGCCAUAUUGGGAAAAGGGUGAAGGAGGGUGAAUUAGACAUCCUUAGCUUUAUGCAACCCACUCCAUUUUAGGAGAAAGUGAGGAAGGAAAUAAAACAAUCUGAUGGAAAGGUAACAUGAUGGUGCUUUUAACAAUUUGGGUGUGGGGGUGUCUGCAUCCUUUUUUUUGGAAGGCAGGAAGUAUAAUGCAGUAUGAUUUUUCUGACUCUGAGCAACUUACAUUCACUCAGCUUACAUUUAAGGAUGCAUGUGUUCAAUAGUACAUGUUAUAGUGGCUCAGGGUUUAAUAUAAAACUGAGCUGGUUUCCCAAGAGAUGAAACCGUUCUGCAUUUUUUCAGUCUAAAGCUUCUUUGGCAGUGAUAGGAAUUGCUUUCAAUUUUAAGUAUGCACUUACCCUCAUCAUUAACCUCAUAUUUUGUUGAUUGUCUUUAGGACUCAUUUUUGAAAUCUUGAAUUGAAUAUUUCCAUAUCAUACUACAAAGAAUGUGAUUACGCUUAACACUGUUUACAAAUGUUAACUUUUAAUAUUUUUGAUACAGAUAAUACCAUUUGUAUGCUACAAACUCUAUUCUGGUUGAAAUUUCUGUUUAAAAAAAACCCAUGAACGGACUUGCAUCACAAAGCCAGACUGUAUGCUGUCAUUAUUAUAAUAAAAGUAUUAAAAUGCU